AUGGAAGACGAUAGUCGUGGGGAUGAGAAUAGAAGGGAACCUAUGAAAAAUGAUGCAAAUCAAAUAAUAGAAGAAACAGAGAUUGUAGAAGAGGAGAAUGAAACUAAAGGGUAUGAGGAAGCAGAUCCAUAUGAAACAGUUGAAGGCCACACAAAAAAAGGCGAAGAAAGAAAAAGAAAAAAAUACAAACUGUCCAAGGAAGUGAGAGCUGAAACUAAGAAAAACAAGGUAAUCUCGCUUCAUAAGGUCAGAGAAGGCUGUAUAAACUGUAAGCUCAAAUGUCGGACAUUCUUUACCGAGGAGGAGAGAAACACCACAAACCACGAAUUUUGGAAGUUGGACUGGAAGGGAAAACGAACAUUUGUGAUGAACUCGACAGAGAAUAGAACACCAAAGAGAAAAGUAGAAGGUUCAAAGAAAAACAAGACAUUCACAUAUUUUCUGAAGGAUUCUAGUGGUACAACAAGACGUGUCUGUAAAAUAUUUUUCCUAACAACAUUGGGAUAUAAAAAAACGAAUGACUGGAUAAUCCAUUCGGUGUGGGCAAAUGCUAAUAGCAAAAAUCAGUUACAAAAUGAUUUAGACCGCCGAGGUAGGCAUCCUCCUCCAAACAAGUUGUCUAAUAAGAUUAUAGAAAGCCAUAUUGACUCAUUUAAUCCAUCUGUAUCUCACUAUAGAAGAGUCCAUGCUCCUAAUCGUCUAUAUUUGCCGAGUGACUUGAAUGUCACCCUUAUGUUUGAAGACUUUAAAAAAAGAUAUCCCGAUUACAUUUGCUCCUAUGAAAAAUAUAGAAAAAUCCUCAAGGCGAAAAAUAUAUCUUUCGCAAAAUUAGGAAAUGAGGAAUGUGAACUCUGUGAGUCGUACCAUAUGCAUAAUUCCGAACAUAAAGCUGAGUCCUUAAGUGAUGAUUGCGAGGUAUGCUGCAGCUGGAAGGAUCACAUUAUGAAAGCAAAAGAAUCUCGUGAGAGAUACUCACUAAAUAAGGAAAACUGCAACAAAGACAAAGGAAAUUUGUGCUUUUCUGUUGAUCUUCAAAAAGUAAUAAUGUUGCCUAGACUUGAAAUGUUUAAAAAAGCGAUCUUUGCUUCUCGCCUAAUAGUUUACAAUGAAAGUUUUGUGCCAGUUGGUAAAAUUAGAGAUUUUCCUCCAUUUGCCGUAUUGUGGCAUGAAGGCAUCAGCGAACGACACCAAGAAGAUAUUAUUAGUGCCUUCAACGCAUUUCUUCUUCACCACAGGGAUGUCCGCAAUAUCACUCUAUGGUUGGACAAUUGUUCUAGCCAGAAUAAAAACUGGGCAUUAUUCACCUUUCUUGUUUAUAUUGUGAACUCAACAAGUAUAUCCGCUGAGACCAUUCACUUGAACUAUUUUGAACCAGGUCAUACAUUUAUGUCGGCGGAUUCGUUCCACCACCAAGUAGAAGAAUCACUAAAGCGUCAAGUCAAAACAUAUGAUUUUGCAGACUUUGAGAAGGCAGUACAGUCCAGCAAUAAGGGAAAGGUACAAAUCAAAUCCAUGAAACUGAAUGAUUUUCAAUUGUGGAAAAGUCUCCAUUCAGUUAGUAAAAUUAAGAAACAGGAUCCCAGUUUUACUAUGAGUAAAAUAACGGAAUUAAUGGUAAAGAGGACUGAAUUUGUGAUGUACUACAAACGCAAUUUUGAGGAAGAAUGGAAGAAACUAGAUUUUUUGCUAAAAAAACAUAUUAGUGAAAUGCCAACAGCCCCACUAAAAACGGCACCAAAUGGCUUUGAGCGUCAAAAAGUUGAAAACCUGCUUAAAGCGGUUGGUUCCAUUAUGCCAGGUAACAGGAAAGAAUUUUGGGAGAAACUUCCAGAAAAAGUUAUCUAG